CUACAGCUACCUCAAAUACUAGCGCUACAAGCAUGCCUAGCUGGUUUGCGAACAAACUUUCUGAAUGUUCCGGGCCAGUUCUUUCGACGGAUGACUUAUUAAAACUUCGAGGAGAAACUAGCUCGGCGUUUGAGCGGAACUAUGGAAUAAAACAUUGGGAGAAGGGACUUCCCAAAGAAUUAGGGUCACUUAAUCGAAUUACUAAGGAAUGGUUGUUUAUGGCACUUAAAAUGAAGUCCGGACAGGAUCACAUAUGUGCAAUGGCAUAUUUGGUAAACUCAUAUCCACUUCAUGCUAUACGCUUUCUGGACAAUUUGAUAUCAUUGGUUUCUCCGUCGAAAAAACGUGACUGCUGUAAAUCUCUAGAUAUAUUGAGCCACCUUUUUGGCAGUCUUAUUCCAAAGCAGCGAGUGCUGAUUCCUCUAUCCGCUCGAAUUCUGAACGUGUUAGAUAAACCGUGUACAUCAAGUUCCAAGGAAGAAAUUCUUUGCUUAUGGCAUUUUGAGGAUGAGCUCAAACGAAAAUAUUACCAAUUCAUCAAAGCAUCAGAGAAACUUUUAUUAAGUGACUGCCCUGAUCAAUUCAAGCGCAAGACUCUAGGUGUAUUGGGAGGCCUUGUUGAAAAACCGGAAAACCAAACAUUGAUAUUAAGCAUAAUAGUAAAUAAACUUGGUGAUCGUAGCAAGGAAUUUGCUUCUGCAGUGAUACAUAAGCUACGUUUAAUCGCUGGAGUAUCUACAUCUCUUAUGCACUCAAUUGUUCAGGAAGUCCGAGCUUUCUUAUUCCGCCCUAACUUGUUGGAAAGGUCUAAAUACUAUGCUCUUUCUCUCUUGAGUUGCCUGGAGCUCAAAAGAACUUCAAAACAUUCAAAUGCUGGUGAUGUAGAUGUAGCUGGCUUGGCUUCAACUAUGGUCAAGAUUUACAUGUCAUUUUUUCACUCGAUAGCUAAUUCCAAAGAGAUACCUGAGCGUCUCACUACAAUACUGCUUAGUGGCUUGUGUCGAACCGCUCCUUUUAUUACGGAGGAUGCAUAUACAACCAUAGGUGAUGAAAUCAAUGAUUUAUUUCGACUUGUUCAUACAACUGGUUUCACAGUGUCUGUACAAGCCUUAUCUGUACUUUUUCAACUGUCUGUUCAUCGUGUAGCUAUACGUGAUCGUUAUUAUCAGGCAUUAUAUCGAAAACUCUUAGAUCCUGCUGUCCAUCAAAGUUCAAGGAAUCCAACUCUUCUGCGUCUAAUCUAUCAAAGUAUGGUAGCUGAUAAUGAUAUGGAUAGAAUUGCAGCAUUUGUUCAUCGAAUCCUUCAGUUGUGUAUCACGCACACAGAUCCUGGUUUUGUUAUAGGCUCUUUAAUUCUGCUUAGCAAAGUGUCUGCAUCAAAACCACAUCUCUUAGUCGUUUCUCAGAUGAGUGGGGAACAGUUACCAGUCGAUCAGAUGUCGACAUUAGCGAAAUUUGAACAAUCCGAUGACAGUGAUGAACACUUCAGUGACGCCCAAUGUACUGAAGAUGAAGGUGAGACUACACAGAAUGGCGAAGUGAAUAAAGACAGUGUGUCAUCAGAAAAGUCGACAGUUUCUAAAAAGGAUACAUCAUCAUCAUCAUCUUGGUAUCAUCGGUCGCUAAGAAAAGAUCGUGCGUCCAACAACUUGUUCGGUAGUGGUUAUAAUCCAACAGCUCGUGAACCAAAAUUUUCAAAAGCUGCCGGUUGUUUACUCUGGCCGCUUACUCUUUUAUCAAAACAUAUUCAUCCUACUAUCAGUCUGUUUGCUAAUUCCCUGUUGAAUAAUUCACCGAUAAAAUAUACUGGAGAUCCGUUUACAGAUUUCGCCAUGAUGCAUUUCCUGGAUAGAUUUGCUUAUAAAAAGCCAAAGGUGAAACAAUUGAAUCAACAGAAAUCAGAGUCUGGAGGUGUUCAAAAAAUUGUACCUGGAAAGUUCUUACAGCGUAAAAAAGCCCCAUUGUCUGGUCCACGUUCUAUAUCUGUGGAUAGUACUGCAUUUCGACAUAUGCCAGUGACUAGUGUUCCUGUUCACGAACGAUUUUUCCAUAAUUAUUUCAAAUUUAUGGAAACACGACCAGGUUAUCAGACAAAGAAAACUGAUAAACAACUCCGUGAGGAGGAGGAUGCAGACGAAAGUGAUGCUGACUCAGUGCCUGACUCUGAAUUCGAUGAUUAUCUGUCAAAACACGAGAAAAGUCUAUUCCCAGCAAAUGAUGAGUGGGAGAAUGAUGAGGAACCAGACCUGAGUGAAGAAGACUUUACUGAUGAUGAUGAUGAUGCAGAGGAUGACGGCGAAACGAAAGAAGAAUAUGACUUUUCAGAAAUGGAUAAUCUAGAUGCUUCAGCAAUUUCGAAAAUAAACAAAGCAAAGAAAUCUGUUGAUUCAAAAGGUUCCAGUCGUAAAGUCAGUGCUGUCGACGACGAUGAUGAUGAUGAUGGUGCUGAAGACGAUAACGAGGAUUUUGAAGAAGAAGAAGAAAACGACGACGAAGAUGGAGAAGAUGAAGACGAGGACUUUGGUGAGGACAGCUCAGACGACGAUGAAGAUGACGUUGAUAUGGAUGAUAUUCCUGACAAACCUGGACAAUUCAAUCUCAACAAUCUUUUUGCAAGUGCAGAAGAAGUUGGUCAUUUAUACGAUUUACAAGAGACUGGUAAGGAGAAGCGUCAACGAUUUUGGGAACAGAAACGUUUAAAUUCUCAAAGUGAUAAUUACGGUCGAAAACGUGGACGACAAAAAGGACGUUUUAUGAAUAAUAAUAAUAAUAAUAAGGGUAAAACAAAUGGUCAGUCGAAACAGAAACAUCAGAUGAAAUCGAAAAGUUCAAAGGUGAAACGUCCACGUCGUGCUUAAAGUGAUGUGUAAAACAGUUUUUCACACUUGAAAGAUUCUGUACAUUUAUUACUUUCAAAUGAUAUAUCCCUUACUUUUCUUGUG